AAGCGUAACAUAAAAAUCCGGCUUGGUGGAUCGGCCUGCCGUUGGCGUUUUACACGCCGCUAGCGAGCCUGAUGAUCGUAAAUUGGCCCUGAACGCAACGGAAGAGGCUCCCUUCGUUCUUAAAGGGUGCGCGCUUAGGACCGUCGACAGCGCGGAUAUUGGGAGAGCCGCCGGACAGACCCUUCGCUGCGCUGUCCGGACGGACCGAAAUUUCCGAUGCCAGAUGAAGAGCUUCUUCGUCCGACGCUAUCGAACCAUUGCUGCAAAAGGAUGUCGUCGCUGCUGUUCGAGCCGAGCGAAGGGCGUUGCGGUAGCUGCACGCCACCGCCUUCGUCGCAGCAGAGCCACGGCUACCACCUGGCGGGGGGGCCGCAGGGUGGGGCGCCGCGCGUGCCGCCCUUUGCCCCGCAGCCCCACACGGGGGGUCAGCCGGGAGGAAUGCGCUCGCUGUCGGUCACGUCGGCUCACGUGCAACAGCAGCAGUCACAGCAACAGCCGGUGUCGACAGUCACGUGCAACGCGCACGAAGUGUGCCACUACUUUCAACAGGUUUUCUACGUGUCGGCCAUCCUUACCGGCAUCGCGCUGGUUAUUGCCGGCGCCAUCCAGACUGGAGCGCCAGAUGCCUCGCUGAACUCCGAGCUGCCCCCAAUGGGACCUGGGAUCGGCGAGCCACCAGACGGUGCAGUCGCCAGCGGCGACUUGCUUGUGUUUGUUUACAUCGGUGUGCUACUCAUCGGCGUCAACGUCUCACUGCUGCUGCUGCAAUGCUACAUGCGCAGCAAGGAGCUGCGACGAGCUCGGCGGUCAGCGAUGAUGCAGCCGCCUUCGAUUCCGCCCGCCACAGUGCACUACAAUCCCCUCGUGUCUGUCGGGCCACCGAGACAGGUGGCCAUGCCCUGUGCUGUGGACAUCGCAUCUGGCAUACACAGGCAGCAGCCACAGAUUCCAUCACCAGGAAAAGCCCAGCGUCGCGGCUAUGGCCCAGCGUCGGUCCACAGCGUCGCAACAGUGCCGGCAAUGCCCAGCGCCCAGGCCCACUGGCUGCUCACCCCAGGCUCCCGAGCGGCCACGGUCGCUGCCAGCCAGCCACCUCCGAGCUACGACAACCUCCUGGUGGUCGGUCACACACCGCGCGAAGUCGCCACGCUUCACCUCAUCUAGUCACUUUUUGGCACGCCUCACUUUGGCCAGCGUGUCCGGGCUCAACACUAUGUCCUCUGCAUUUAACUCUGUGCGAAAAGGGUGCACAUUCAUAGACAUGUUUUAGGUAACGCAACAGGACACAGACAGAACAGGAGGGAAUUGGUAAGGUAUGUCCGGCUUUUAGGAAGGACAUAGCUGCUUUCAGACAGCGUGACAAGGACAAAAAUAAGGGAACUGACAGGACAUGUCCUGUCAGGAUGUAAGCUGCUGUUACAUAGAGUGGCAGGGCAAGGACAUUAAAAGAGAGAAUUGACAGGACAAGUUCUGUCAGUUUCGUCUUGUCCUUGUCUUGUCCUGCUACAUGAAAUCAGCUGUGUCUUAUCUAGAAGCAGGGCACGUUCUGUAGAACAUAGCUGCUUUUAUGCAGCACAACAAGACAAGUAUGAAACUGACAGGACGUGUCCUGUUCUUUUCUUCUUUGUCCUUGUCGACUGCCUAUAUGCAGCUAUAAAUCCACUCUAGCGCACCCUCCUCUCUGUCCUGUUGUAGGGUGCACAUCAGUCAAGUUUUUCUCGAAUGUCUCCCUUCUCGAAAUGGCCUCAAGAAGGAGUCUCGACGGAGGAAGGAAUUUCUCAUCGUCUCACAGUCGAGCUUUCCGCUACAGUGCGCUCAACUUGUAUGAAUGGCGCUCAUAACGACUACCGUUCAUAACGAUGGGCACACGUCGGUCCCAUUUUUGACGUGUUCAAAUUCUUUAAACAAUCUAAAAUUUUUAAGAAGUCAUAGGCAAAGAGUGGAAAUUUACGACAUCAUCUUGUGUUUGCUGCUAUGGUGUGGUUUACCUUAAACAGUUGCACUUACAGCGAUAACCUGCAUAAUGAUUAUCACACAAGCACUUGAGUUCUUGAAACAGCCUAAAAGGAGGAAGAAAAGUCUUUGUCAAGGGGUGGAACUUGACUGCAUUACCUCACAGCUUUUUAGCUUUCUGCCUUCAUGCGGUCAACUUACGAUAAUAGCUCUUAUAGCGAUUACUGCUUGUAUGAAUAGGCAUUUUAUAUGUACUGCAUUAUGUAUUGAAGGUAUGUAAGGUCGGCCCAGGUACAAUGCUGUACACCGAUAACGAUCAAAUUUUAUGGCUUUUUUAUUGGUGUUACCAGUAUACUGCUUCAUAUUCACAGUCCGGCAAUGAAUUGCUAAAGUUGAAGACUUACUUCAGCUAAGUUACUUUCUGUGAGGUUAUAUCUUUUGUGUUCAUUACAUUGUACACCCUCUUGUAUGCCAGCGCUUGCCCCGCUAGAUUGUCCUACACUCCGUUUUAUAUGUAGCAGGCAAUGCUACGAAGAUUAAAUAUACAGUAAAGCCUCGUUAUAACGAAUUUGAAGGGGAAGUCAGAAUUACUUUAUUAUAUUCAUUACUUUGUUAUGCCCAUUAUUGCAUGUACUGCACUAUGAAUCUCUAUGACGAUUUUAAGGGUAAUUUCACUUAGUUAUAUCCAUUGUUUCGUUAUGUCCUGUUUAGUUAUAACAAGGUCUGACUCUACUUCUCUAUAGGGAUGUGCAAAUACAGUUAUAGAUUGAUGUGACAAACUUCAAUAUAAUGAAAUCAUCAAUAUAACAAAGUAUUUAAGUUUUUUAGCUUUGCUGCCUAAUUUGCAUGAAGCAUUAUGUAUCUUUAACCUCAAUAUAACAAAGCCUGUUUAUUCGCGAUUUCAAUAUAACAAAACUUCACUGCUGCCAUAAAGACAAUAAUUUGGCAGGCCGCCUAAUGCAGCAGGACUGAAACUGGUUCAAGAACGUGCAGGAGUGGUUCAAAACUGAGAAAAUAUGGUAACUAAGCUUAGUGUUGCUCUCAGAGUUACAAGUUUCUUGCGCUCAUCUUACAAUGUGUUCUAGAAGUGGGAAAGUCAUGCUUUCUAGUCCUACGUUAGGAGUCUCGAGAAUUUGUGUUUCUGUCAAUGAGAAAAGCAGCUAGCUUUGAAAACGGACAGGACAGGCCCUGUCGUGUCCAUUUUCAGUCGUCCUGUCAUCUGCGCCGUUUCGCCAUAAUUUAUUUAAACCAACUAGUCCAGCUCAGAAUGGUUGCGCAGAAAAUACAUGCUGAGGAGACACUUACUGCUUGUGGGCAAUCAAAUUCAAUAGUUUAUGAGUCGCAAGGACUAGGCUGAAUAUUUCUGCUGCCUGGUGUUCAUAUUUCCCAACCUGUACUACGUUCAAACCUCAAUUUAACAAGGUGCUUUAACGGGCAGGUUCACAGAGCCUAAUGCGUUGAAAGCCUCUGAGCAAUUACGGUGAACUCAAUAUCUCACUCAUUCAAUGAAGUUUUGUGUGGGAAAUAUGGGGAAAGAAACAGGUCGCAGUAGUACUGUUGUGUUCAGAGUGCCUCGAAAAUUGUUUACUUAUUCCUACAGUAAACCAAUUGGCACGACAGUUUGAACUGAACAUCACCUGAACUGUAGAGCAGGUCUGGCGACGCUUGCCAGCUCCUGCACCACAGCAGUUUUGGUGAUGCUAUCACAUUGCUUCAGUGGUAUAAUGCUGUUCAUUUGUAACAAAUUUAGCCAAAAGGAAUGUCUGUUGCAGCUGGCCUUUAAGUGUUUUUGAUUUAACAAAGUUUUCGAUUUAAAGAAAUAAUUCCGUGGUCUCACUGACUUCAUUGAGUCAUGGUUUAACCAUGGUAUCUCUGAUCGUUGUAGCGCUGUACAGAUUUGCUGUCUACGGCUUAAACUGCUCGGAAACUCAACAUUUUUCUCAAAUCUAGCAGUUCACAAACUUUUUACAUUAACUGUACAAUGUUUUCAUCUGUCCCAUCCCGUAAUUAUUGUUUACUACAGCUUGACCGCAACGUGACGUUGUCGUGGGAAGUUCAGUCAUAUUACUGAGAGUCCAAUAGGUGGCAAAAAGAAAAUGACCAACGUGUGUCAUUCGCUGCUUUGCAGUCCUUGCAGGGCUGACGUGCAAUAAAAUAUUUUCGCGAUUUUUCUGCCGACAUCGAGGUAGCUUGUGCGGUGAGUGCUGUCAUAGCUUUCUCGUUGUAUAACUUUCUCCCAUUGUAGAUGCUCACCCGCACCGACGAGACACAUGGCACUCGCUUCUUGUGGUUGAGCCUUUAAACCGUACUUUGAGUUCUUUACUGUGACCUGGUGGCUGAGUGGCCCCUCUUGCCUCGUACAGAUUGCUCAUUUUCUAUGUCAGUUUCUUUGUGAUAUCACUUUUUUUUUUGUCUGUGCUGAGACGUAAUGAUCUGAACCUUUCUUUACUGGAUGAACUCGACUCAAACGCUCAAGCGGGCAAUUGUGUUCCUGUUACAAGUUUUGUUCCAAGUGCUGGCAGUAGUUUUCUUUGAUGUGUGCAACAAUGUUGAAUUCUGUACCUGAAUGCAGAUUUUCUUUUUAUACAGUGCGUUGAAUGUGCAGUGUCGAUGCAGCUUUUUUACUCGGUGCAUUCGAUGAGGAGGUGCUUCGUUUAUGUUUGCCGUGCUGUAUUUCUGCUAGCGGGCUUCUACCGUUCCCUCCCUUGCAUCUAGUCUUUUAGGUUCUCUUUUUUACAGUUGGCCACAAAAGUUUACGGGACACGGGAUGUGUGAAAAAAAAACCAUUCCCUAUGAAGGAUGAGGGCAUAGCCACAAAUUAAAUGUUUCAGUCUGUAGUAGCCUUCGAGACCUACACAGUGAACCAUAAACCUUUUUUUUUUCCCUUUAAGGACUGCCUUGAGACACAGUAAUAAGACCAUAAAAAUGAAUGUAACCUCACAUCGUGCAGAAAGUCCAGUAAAACUCUGUGAUGACCGUCAUCCUGACUCCUCUUGCUGCAGUCAGCAUGCCGGUCACUGCUGAAGCUAGGCCAUCUGAGCAAUGACACCCAGACGUGUCACGUGCCAGGGCAAGUCCACAGGAGAUGGUGCACUUCGACUUCUUGUGCCAGAGUCGUAAAGUUGGGGCAGGUGGCGUGGUCCUUGGUUAAAGCCCUCACACUUGCAGGCGACAGCACAAGUGAGGGCUGUCCCAACCUACAUCUUCCUCAGGGAAACUUCCUUCAGCCUUGUGAGUUUGCUGGGUCAUCAUCAUCACCAGCCUAUAUUUAUCUCCACUGCAGGACGAAGGCAAUGAUUGUACACUUUUCUUUUCAACGACAGCAGUAAGCUCCCAGUCAGGAUUUAGCAAUGCCUUCCGUAUGCACUCCAACCCAAUUUUAUUCGUCUGUAAAUUUCUUUCUCAUGAUCAGGGUCCCCUGUGAGUAAUUGACCUAGAUAAACGUACUCCUUUACAUAGGAGCUGACUGGCGAUCGUGAAUUCUUGUUGCUGGGUAGGACUCAUUAAAUUUGAAGCACCUCGCCUUAACAGGGCAGAAGUUCACAUUUGUUGUGGAACACGUGCACCGUAAGCUUUUGUGGAUGACUGUUCAUUCAUCGCUGUUGUAUGUACAUUUUAUCACUUACAUGAUGCUGUUCCUGGUCGGGGCCAUUCUCUUAAGUGGGGUAUGCCUCUUUUAGUCACUAAGUGGUCCGAGAUUGCUGUUUGUUGAACGAGCAGUGAGAUUUUCUUGCUUUAUUUCAAAUUUUAUUGAAAGAAAUACCGCUAGUGAAUAACUGCACAAGCAAGCUCUCUCUCUCUCUGCUUCUGUAUCACAAAGCCUUCAGAAAGAGCUUGGCCAGCACGUUCACUGCGACACUUUGUGCACAAGCCAACGAAAACAACUUUUUGAGUGUUUGUGUGUGUGAAUGCACGUAACCCUAAAAACGAGCUUUCUCACGGCGCCCGCGGCGUCUGUGGCGACCACGCGACAUGCCUCUGAGGUCUUUUUCCAGUGCUGCAUUACAAGAAGAUGUCGCACGGUUUUGCUCAAAAGACAGUUCUAUAGUUUUACGGGAUGGUCAUUUGUUCUCGAGAGUCCGUUAAAUAGUUUUAGCUUUUCCGUAAUCGUAGUCGAGUUUUUAACGGAAUACCGAAACGCUGGAGAUAUCGACGUACGCAGCUGUGCUGGUGGCGCCAUCUUGUGAAACAGAUGUGAACCACAGCAUGGAGAGCUUUAUUUGGGGCAACCAUGUGCAAAGUUUCUUCUGGUGCAAGCGCAUCAUCAGCAACACUCAUCAGUGUACACGGGAUUUAUAUUUUUUUUUCCUUCUGCAAGAACAAUGACACACAGCAAAUAACUUUUUAACAAUUUGUGGCACUGCCAACGUUACUCCUGCCAUUGGCAUCUUCAUUGUCCCGUUAUCCUAUAAACUGUAGUGCAUUUAUGGAACAGGUUAAAAUCUGGCUCUCUUUUCACAUAUUUGGCUUCCGAUAAGUGUGAGAGAAACCAGGAUUUGCCUCACUACAUACACUCUUCAACGAAUGAAACGGGGUAACUACAGAGCACGCCCUUCCGUAUGUUCUGCACCAUUUCAAGUGCACACGUCUUGGGCAAAGUUAAAAACUUGCAAAUUUCACAAACACCUCCGUGCGUUUCACUUUACUCUCAGCGAACUGCUUCUCUGAACACAAUGACACAGUGUAAAACGUGGUGAAGGCUGUGCAUGACAUUUUUCAACUUAAAUAAACAUGCACCAUGGACAAAACAUUGCGAGAUUAGAUAGCCUCAAGAUGCAGUUAUCUCAAAGAUGAAGUUCCUGUGGUAGGCUGAGGUAAAUAUACUCGUCAUGCUGAAGAAUGACAUGAUGCUGCUGUGUUUGUCACUCUGUUUUGACAACGUCUUGCAGACAACAUAUCCGACUGCAGCAGAUAUCAGCAAAUGGGGUGCAAACAAAAUUUACGACGCUGAAAAGCUGCAUGAAGGUUGGAUAGACUUCAGGUGUCGUUAUUUCAAAUGUCUAAGUCCUCACACCCAGCAUAUCUGCGGCAUCCAAAGUAAACAUAUUUAUCUAUUCAACUACUGUCACAGCUGUGAGGUAUUACAGAGAGGAGUGGGAAUGUGAACCAAAAAAAAAAAGAGUACAUUUCGUCACAAGAGGUCAACUGCAGACUUGAACGACCAAGGUACUGUGAGGGAGAUAUGGUGGAGGUGGGCAGGCGAUUCCAGUCAACACUGGUUUUUGGGGACAAAAGAACUCGUAGAAAAACUUGGUGUGACAGUUCGGCAUACCAACUUUGAGGUACUGAUCAGCGCACAAUGAUACGUAAUGAGGGAUGGAAAAAAUAAGAAUUGCUUUAAACAUAGUCAUCUCAAAGAAUAGUGUAGUGUAACACGUCACUAUUUCUCAGUAACUUCCUGCAAGCAACAUAUUUCAAGACAGACCUGUGAGCAAAUGGAAUGUACAAAAACUUGAGCAGCAGCGGUUGGUGAAUUCUACCUCAAUUGGGUUUGUUGUAUGCUUACACCUUUAACUAUCCAUUCUAUGGAUAUGGCAAAGUAUCAUGCCAUCAUGGGAACUAUGGAGCCAGCCGUGCCACGUUUUCUUGUCUUGCAGCACAAGGAAAUUGUCGCAGUGCGUUUCUCUCCUAUAUACACACCCCUGUUGAGCUUGUGAUGAAUUUCCACGUAAGAAAAACAACUGUUAUUUAUUGCUGCCUCAUUCGUCAUGUUCUUGUACAAACAUAUCAUUGUUUCAUUGUGUCUAUAGUAUGUGAACUGGUAUACGUCUGUUGCUUGCCAAAACCAGGGGAAUCCAUUUUUGGCCCUCCCCGUCUACGUACCAUUUUAUGAUAUACGUGCCGGGCGUGUCUGUGUAUUUCCAUUUCAUAUUGUUGGAGCAUUUGUUUAUAAACAUGUCCUACUGAA